GAGGUUGGAGCAGGGCUCUGUGUGCGCAGCUGAAGCGAGGUUUCCGCGGUGAAGUAGACGAAUAGAGAGCGACGAACAAACGGAACGGAGAUAUGAACGGUUUUCUCGUCCCGUUCUCACUUUAAUCUUGACAAAUGUGAGCUAGACAACUUGACAUUUUCAUCUAAGUUUUUGGACGUAACGUGUCGCCUAUUUUGGAGUGCUUUGUUGUUUUCAGAGUUUAAAGAAAGGUCGAACGCGCCGCGCUACAACUGCAGGCAGCGUUCGAUUAUUCCCGUGGCGGAAUAUUUUGGUGGACAGUCACAGUCCGAAACAUUGCGCACGGGAUAUUCAAAACAUUUAGAAGUUGCGAUUGGUGUCUCAUUUCGUCGUGACUUUUAGGUAUGCCUGUGGUUGUCAGCGUGACUCCGGACAGGUAACCGGGUGUGUUGCUGGUGCCAUGGCAACCCCAGAGCUGCGUCUGUUGCCUGUCAUCGUGGUUACCAUCGUCCUGGUGGCGUUGUCGGCUGCGGAUGACCACGAGUGGCACUUUAAACCAGCUCAGUGUCGUUAUGCCCUGGGGAUGGAGGAUGGCACCAUCCCUGACUCUGACAUCACGGCUUCCAGCGCCUGGUCAGACUCUACUGAGGCCAAACACGGCAGGUUGAGUACAGGAGAGGGAGAUGGUGCGUGGUGUCCUGCAGGAGCAGUGUUCCCCAGUGCUUCAGAGUACCUCCAGGUGGACCUGCGCUCGCUGCACUUCCUGGCUCUGGUGGGUACCCAGGGUCGCCAUGCCGACGGGCACGGCCGGGAGUUUGCCCGCAGCUACCGGCUCCGUUACUCCCGAGACGGACGCACCUGGAUCACCUGGAAGGACCGCUGGGGGCAGGAGGUGGUGUCUGGGAAUGAGAACACCUAUGAUGUGGUUCUGAAGGACCUGGGUCCACCCAUUGUUGCCCGUUAUGUCCGCUUCUACCCCCUGGCAGACAGGGUCAUGAGCGUCUGUCUACGAGUGGAGCUCUAUGGCUGUCUGUGGAACGAUGGCCUGUUGGUGUACACAGCUCCAGUGGGUCAUGUGAUGCACCUGUCUGGCUCACCUGUGUACCUCAACGAUUCCACCUACGAUGGCAGCGUAGAGUCAGGGGUUCAGUUCGGAGGCCUGGGCCAGCUGUUUGACGGUGUGUUAGGAGGGAAUGACUUCACAGAGACCAAGGAGCUGAGGGUGUGGGCGGGGUAUGACUACCUGGGCUGGAGCAGAGAGGCUCUGGGGCAGGGCAGCGUUGACAUCGAGUUCCACUUCGAAAAGACACGCAGCUUCCACACCAUGCAGGUAAGAGGAUGUGUGUGUGUGUGUGUCCCCCUUAUGUCUACGUGUGUCUCUCUUUAAGUCCAAAAAUCCCCC